GAACACAUGGCUUUGCGUGUCGUUUCAUGAGCUCAUGAUUGACCAGCACGGUAAAUCAUUUGCAUCCACUGAACUGAAGAUGUGGUUAGCAAAAAACGGUGUUGCGACAUAGAACGAACAUGAAAUUUCGGCUUAGUUUUCCAUCAAGUCUGCAAUACGGUGACAAUUUGGAAAUCAAAGGAGAAGCUGGAUUCGACAGCUUCAGUCUGGAUUUACUGUCAGACUAUUUAGCAUUUGACCCAGUUGCUUUCGAUGAAUCCAAUGGUUUGGAAGGCGAGCUACCUGUGGUUGAAACCCAGCCUUUGCAAAUAGUAUUUGAGAGUACAGGAGGAUGGGAUGUGAAUGCAAAGAGCCCGGAGACAAGCACAACCUCACACGGCACUUCAGCAAGGCGUUGUGGAUUCCGCACUGGUGAAAAAUUUGUGUGCAAUAUUGCUAUACGCAAAGAAUAUUUUGAAGUUAGUUUGAACAACAUGCCAAUAGCAAGCUCCGAACAUCUGAUCCCGGUGGCUUCGAUCCAUGGACUCGAAAUUGGGGGGGAUUCCGUCAUCACGAGUAUCAAAUAUGGACAUCCGGUAGCGAUUGGACAAUAUAGGAAUAGGAUUUAUAAAAACAACCAAAUACCAACAAUUGUUGAAUGCCGCCUUAGUGACAUGCUUCUUGAUGACGAAAAUUACUUUGAAUUCGAAGAUUCCAUCAAGAUGAGAAAGAACCCGUUGAGCAACAGUGAGGCAGUGCUAUGCCCACCCACACAAAAAGUGCCAGGAGGCAAUAUUCCUAACGGUAUUCUCCGAUCUGAAUUGGUUAGAACAAAUUCCUACCAGUUGGUGUUCAAGUCCGAUAGCAGUGAUCCAGAAGAUACAUUAAACUUAGCCACCAACGGUGAAUCUCAGCUAGACGGAGGCUCCACUUCAGCAAGUCAGAAGAAUUUAUUGCUAUUGGAUGAUCCAGAAUUCUCACUGGAUGAAGAAAAUCAGAGCAUGUUGAACUUUAUAGCCCUUAAGAAACAGCAGGUCAAACGACGACGAAAAUCAAGUCAUAGGGCAGAAUCCUCGCUUGCCAAACGAGCCUACGCCAGACGAGAUAAAAACAUACUGAAUAAGCACAGAUCGAUGAACAUGCAUGAACUCAACUGUGUCCCUCUAGAGAAGCCUACUGAACAAGUUCGAGGGUUUGAAGUGGAAAGACAAAAUAAUGGAUUGCUAGACUUGUUAACGAAUCACCUACAGUCGACUGAUUAUUCAAUCCCAAACCAGAAAUCCCUACAGCAAUCUCCAGUCAAAACAGAGCAGAAGGCUUCUACCAGCCCUUAUGAAAUCAACACAGUUUUACGUGCUCCAUUCGAACGGCGUCAUAGUUUGAGCACUCCGGAUGUGCAGGCUGAUAUCAACGCUAUUGUUGGGAGUGUCGUUCACGCAGAAGUGGAUCACAAGUUUGGAACUCUGCGCCGUUCGCAGUCAUUCGCGACCAGCACGUCUAACCCACAAGGUUUCAGACACAGUCUAGCGUCAUUGAACGAGAUACCGCCUAGUUUGAAGCCUCAUCUUUCUUCUAAUAAAGCUAUCACUACUACUGAUAGAUCUUCAGUGCAAUCGCCCAAAUUAUUUACAGCACCACCUGCUUGUAAGCCAUGUGAUUCGAAGGAAAAUCAUCCCGAUGAACAAGUAACAUGUCAGGUUGUGAGUGUUAUAAAAGACCCACUAGAUGCAGCAACAAUCAGAAAUAUCAGCCCAUCCAGAUUUUCAAGUAUUCAUGACGAAAAACACCUCAGCUCUGGUGAAAAGCCCCCUUGGUUAGGGGCCACUUUGUCUUUUUCCAAUCAUAAGAGCAACUCUGAUGUAGACGAAAAGUUCCAUCACACUAAAACUUCUCAGCCAAUGCUUCUGAUUGACUUCCAUCCUCUUGAGUUCGACAAAUUUGUGAUAGAAGAAAGUUCAACAGAGACAGGGUUUUCCGUGAAGGAAAGUCAUUGGACAGGACGCCCUAAAUCACAAUUGAUUCUUGUCGGAUCCAACAAACCAUCCAGCCACGGCCCACAAGAGACAGAAAAGUCCACUGCUGACGGAGCAACUGUGAAUAAUUUUGAACCAAAAGUUAAUGGCAAAACCUUUGAGUUACGAAAUUCUGAAAUUCUUACUAAGGUACCAGAUAGUGUGUCCCCAAUAGCUAACUCCAGUCAGAAGUCAGAUGGAAAGGGUUCCCAGAAUGGCAAAGCUAAUCCCCCAGAUCUACGGUCUGACGUGAAUGACAAUACAAAGCGUAGGAUAUUCCGAAGCAAAUUACCGAGACCAAAAAGUGAACUGGUCCCCAGUGAGCUAGCAAAACGUCGAUGGGGAGUGAGAAACUUGUCGACGCUUACAACCUCGCCCGCUCUUGCUGAGGAACACAAUCAAAAUUCUGACGCUAAAGGCCGCAUACAACCAGAACAAAACUGUGGUAAAAGGGCUUCACUAAUUUUGUCACAAAAGAUAUCAAAGUCUCAUGGAAUCCCGAACGAUUUAAAACCCACACAACAAAUAUCUUUGAACACACGCCAUAGUUUUUCUGUCAGAAAUAUUAAACCAUCCACCAGUCAGCAGCUACAGAGCUAUCCUGCGGAAGAAUAUUCUUCGAAGUCUUCGACUGCGCACCAAAACGGCAAGCCACCUAUGUCGAAAACUGAUAAUAGUAAUAAACCCCAACCUAAACUCUCAAACGGUCAAAUCAGUCUCUCAAAGGACCCACUGGACGGUUCGUCCAACAAUUUGAAGAAAUUUGUGCAGUCUCCUCGCCGAUGGUUGAGUGAAAAGUUCUCAUCAAACAAAAAACACAGAGCAGUAGUAAAAUAGUCAAACAUGUUCACUCAGACUCACGUCAUCCUGAACUAAUCUCCUCGGGCAUAAUUCAUACAUAUUUGCAGCUUUUGGCCUUAUGUUAUUCACUGCUGCCACUCCAAACUAUCAUGAAGAUAACUGCCAAACGCAUUUCGAAGUCUUUCAUUCAACUUGUGUGACGAAGUUAUUGAAAACUAAGUGUAAAUUUUCAGCUCUGGUCUUACAUAAAGCAAGUAGCAACGGCAUGUUCAUCAAUAUAACUUUCAUUUGCCAUCUGAGUAA